UAGGACCCCUCGCUCCUUUUCUCCCUUGUCGCGCACGUUCGCCCAAACCUCCAACUCACCAUCAGCAUCCACCUUUGCUGACCACAUCUCACGUUUUGACCGAUACCCAGUGUCAUGAGCUGGGGCGCGUAGAAGAAGACCAUUUUUUAGGUAUCAUCUCGCGUCCCGAGCAAUCUCCAUCCUCACUUUGUAGGCCCUUGUACUCGUCAUUGCCAUACCGCUGUCACUGUCGCCUCCCCUCGAUCGUCAACAAUGUCGUCAGAGUCCCGACGCUCCUACAAUCCAGGCGUUCGCAUGGGCAGCAGCAGAGAUCUUGGCCGGGCCCGCGCAGCCUCCAGAGCCCAAGCAAUUGUCGUCGAACAUGAUGAAGCCCGCAGCUUCGCUCUCCGAUCCGCUUAUCUGCACUACCUCCUUCAGCCCAAGGCCAAGCGAAAGCAAUAUGUUCCAGCUCCAAAGCAACCCGUCCGAACUCACACCAGCGUUGGCGCACUCGUCCAAGAAUUCACCUCCGGUUCUUCUUCAAGCUUCAAGCUGCCUCACAACUUUACAAGCGCUCUACUCGAACGUUGCGGCGGCGUGCUGAGGGGCAGCGAACGCCUCCCGGGUUAUAAUGAUGCUGCUGUCAAGCGAAGCUUUGCAGAAGCUUACACUACCUUCUCUGAAAGGAACUUCCGCAAAACCAUUGACAAGGAGAGGAAGCUUGAGCCGCUCAUACUCAUGUUUUACACGUCUACCACCAAGGCAGCUCAGAAAGGUGCCGCUCCUGAUGACGAUUCUUGGAAGCUUAUUCCUGACCGACAUCUUGCUCUCUUUGUUCGCCUGAUUGCCACUAUUCUUCGGGACCAGGGCCACGAUCGCGAUAAGACUGAACUCAUGUCCAAGCUGAGUGUUCUCGAGAAGAAACUCCUUACAAAUGAUCAAAACUUGGUUGGCGGUGGAUCUGACGGUGCUGGCACGACUAUCGAGGUCGUCGUACCUUUGAGUUAUGAUGUCAAGGACAUGCCCUUGGUUCAGCAGGUAGUCAGGAUCUUUGGAUUGAGUCUUUCGGAAGCACAAGCCGAGAUCAAUGAGAACAAAGGAGUGUGGACAGAAGAGGCUGCACUGAAGGAUCUCAAGUCGUAUCAGCACAGGCUAAAUUCCGACAUGCCUGGUGCUCUGAGGAGUGAUGACUUUGAUCUUGAUGAGGCCUUUCAGGAGUGGAAGAAAGCCGAGUCACCCCAUCUAUCCCAGAUGAUGCUUGAUAUUUUGACUGCCAAACCAGAGCUUGCCAAGACAUCGAGCAGCAACAUCGACAAAGGCUUCUCCAGCAGGCCUCAAUCUACAUACAGCGAUCCGGCGUUUGAUGCUUCAAUAGGCUUUGAUCCAGCUAUCAACCUCGCUUCUCUGAACAUUGGUGGUGAUUCUAGUAUCCGAACAGUCGAGGAGAAUGUUUACACCUUUGUCCCUCCAGACCCCAGAGCCUUCUUCAAGUACAUUCUUAAACAUGCUAUGACCUUUGACCAGAUCAAUAGCGAUCCUGAUCUUGACUACCAACCCCUAUCAAAACAAUCCAUGGACCUUUUGACUGAACUGUGCGUGAGAUGGAGGGUGCCCCAAUGCUCCAGGCUCAUCACUCUACUUGAGGUUGCAUCACGCAACUACCUUGAUCGGGAGUUGCUCCCCGAGGAGUUGGAUGCCGUUUUCGAUUUUGUCAAAACACCACUGCCAGAAGUCAAGAAGCCUCCCCAUAUAUCAAACUACUCGACUCCUCUAUCUGAGAUCGACCCCAGCCGCUGGACGGUGCAUGACUUCGCCGUCUACCAACACACUCUGAAUACCCUUCAUGAGACACUGCUCCGUGACCUUUAUGAUAGGAUGGAACAGUGCUAUGAUACGAAACCACCCCAAAUUGGCGUCGUCCAGUACAUAUUGGACAAUCACAUCUUCAGCGACCCAUGUUUCUCUCCUAGACCCGAGGCUACUGAAGAAUUCUCUCAGCACCUCAGCCAGCGUCUCCAUGAUCAGGCUCAAGAGGCUUACCGCCAGUACAUGGAAAAGGAGAUAUCAGCCGACCGGAAUGACUGGGAUUUUGCCAAUGUGGUCAAGUUAGGCAAAACAGUCAUCAAGCUAUGCGAGAGAAUCAACAAACGCUAUAACAAAAAUCCCGAGAUCAUGGGCGUAAAUCCCUUCCAGAUCUUGGUCGAAGAAGUGUUCCCUCGGUUCGAGGAGGAUGCGAACGCCAUCAUUGAGUCCAUUUUGGAGAUGGCUCAAGAGACUGGCACCGAACUUGACAUACAAGAUGGCUUCGAACUAUAUAGAGAGUUGGUUGCAAUCCGCCGCAUCCAUAACGAUUCUUUACCUGGUCGGCCAUUUGCCUUCAAUGUCGAGGACCUUUUGGUCGAUUUCGUGUGGCGAUGGGUUCGUGCCGCCGAAAGCAGAGUCGAGGAGUACGUUGAGCAGGCAGUCAAGCAGGAUCAGUUCCAAGUACGCACUGAGAACCCGGAGGAUAUCCCACGAGAUUCGGAGAGGCACAGUGUUUCUAUCAUUGACAUAUUUAUGCUAUUCAACCAGACCCUUGACACUGUCUUUAACCUCAACUGGGGCAACGAUGAACAUCACGCCAGAUUCAUGACAUCCCUCUCGAAGGCAUUUGCCGCAGGUAUUGGCAAAUACUGCGAACUUGUUGAUCAAAAAUUCGCGAAGGAGAUGGACCGUCCUUCAGCUGAGGAAUUGGCGGCACAGACCCAGACUACUCAAGAGAAAUGGAUGAGAUAUGCCAAGGAUGCCUGGAACAAUAAAGAUCGUGUCGAACCUUUCCAAUUUUACUCAGAGUCCUUUGUCAAACUGAACAAUAUUGAAUACGCCAUGCAGGAGCUUGACAAGUUGGAACGGACUAUGGAUCCCGAUGCUUGCGCUGCACUACUGGAAAGAAUUGACGGACCCAAGAAAAAGGCCCGUCGACCUAACAAGUACACCUUCACGAUCAAAGUAGUUGAGGCCGAGGAUCUCAAGGCGUGUGAUGCCAACGGCUACAGUGAUCCUUAUGUGGUAUUUGGCGACGAAUAUCAGAAGAGACUGCACAAAACACGGAUCAUUCAGAGGAGUCUUAACCCGCGUUGGGACGAGACCUUCGACAUCACAGUUCAGGGCCCAGUCAACAUGAUCGCAACUAUUUGGGACUAUGAUACUUUCGGUGACCACGACUAUGUUGGACGCACAUCGCUCAAACUCGAUCCCGUUCAUUUCAGCGACUAUUUACCUCGCGAGUUCUGGUUGGACCUAGACUCACAGGGUCGACUACUUAUCAGAGUUAGCAUGGAGGGCGAGAGAGACGAUAUUCAGUUUCAUUUCGGAAAGGCCUUUCGUCAUUUAAAGCGCACUGAGAGAGAUAUGGUCCGCAAGGUCACGGAUAAGCUCACUUCUCAGAUUAAUCACACAUUGUCUUUGGAGACUCUGAGACACCUGCUCGGUACUGGCGGUAUUGGCGCGUCUGUAACAAAUCUCUGGAAAAAGCGAGCUUCGACAGUGCAGACUGCAACUCCAGCGCAAGUUGAAGCGGCUCUUGCACCCCUGUUUGCAUACUUUGACGAGAACUUUGCUAUCAUGAAACAGACAUUGACAAAGGCCACCAUGGAUGCUGUCAUGGCACGACUAUGGAAGGAGGUCUUGAUGGUGAUUGAGAAUCUCUUAGUGCCACCUCUGUCUGAGAAGCCUUCCCAACAGCGACCCCUUACACGUAAGGAGUUAGACAUUGUCUACCAUUGGCUGGACUUGCUUUUCCAAUUCUUCAAUGCCAGAGACGACUCGGGAGAGCAGCUAGGUGUUCCAGCAGAGACCCUCAAGUCGCCUAAGUGGCACGAGCUGGCAUCGCUGAACUUCUUCUAUUUCGAGGAUACUAAUAGUCUGAUACGCGAGUCGGAAAGAAUGGCAGCUGCGACAACAGAACGCGCACGCUUGGCUCUCCAGCAGCAGAACUCACAGAGUAACCGUCUGUCAGCUCCAGCUGCUCUCGGAGCCUCGCUAGGCGGCGCAGGGUCGUUCGCCAGUAUGGGUACCAUUAGACGUGGCAAGAGUAUCAUGAUGAGUCGUAAUCUGGGCACUAUGCGUAAGGCCAAGGAGGCCAAGCGCCGCGAAGCGCAGGCGGAUCCGAGCGACGAUAUGAUCUUACGUAUCCUCCGUAUGCGGCCCGAAGCAGCGCACUAUCUCAAGGACCGACAUCGCCAGAAGGAGAGACAGGCUGCCACUGCUGCUGCGGCGCUGAUUGUCAAGAAUAGUGUAACGCAAGGUUGGAACUCGUCCGCGGGCCCUGCUUUCAGUGGUAACUUCGGGCGUAAUAACUUGCCGAGGCGAUGAAGAGUGGUAGGAGGCAAGAGGGGGAAUCAUGGACAUAAUUCUCAUUGAUACGACGGACAUCGCUGGAUGGUUUGGAAGGCCUGCGAAGGUUUUUAUGAUGUAGUUUGGUUUGUAUUUUUGUUGAUAUCUACCUAUCUAUCUGGCAGGAAGAGAACGCAUCAGAUACCCUCAUUCGUGUGUGCAGG